AGAGACUUCAUAGUGCCUUUCACUAAAUUUCCCCUCCAGACAUCAUACAAGAUGAAGCUCACAUCCUUGACUGUUUUGGUCGCGCUUGCCUUCGCUGGAUCUGCUCAUGGCUGGGACUGGUGUGCCGGUGAGACUUAUUGCAAUGAGGACGAGGACUGCGUUUCUGACUGUUGGGAUUAUGGGUCACCCGGUAAAAACAUAGGAUGCGGCAGUGGAUGGUAUCCUCACACCUGCUGGUAUGACCGUGGUUUUUAAUAAAACUUGAUGCCUUACAUAGGUGGAUUAUUAGGAGUAAAUACCAAUGAAUUAUACGGUCC